AUGGCCCCCACCCGCCUCCUCCUCCUCGUCCUGGUGGCCCUGCAAGCCCGGCGUGUCAACGGUGCGCGGUGGCGAGCGCGGGGAUUAGGCGUGCGGGCAGCUGUGCCCGUAGCCAGUGGCCACCCAGAUUCUCCGCCGGAUCUUCUCUGGGAGCCUCAGGGCGAUCCCACAGACGUGGCUGGAGGCGAUGGCUACCCAGCUUCCCAGCCGGCUUCCAGGGCUGACGCUCAGGGAGAUCGCGUGGAUGUGGGUGCAGGGAGGGCUCUUCCCGCUUCUCGGCUGGAUCUUGCGCUGGAGCUCACCUGGCAUCGCAGGGGUCCUCCGAGAGCCAAGUACAGAGCGGAAAUGGAAAAAUCUUCCCCGCGGUCAUCAGAAGUCCUAGAGGGAGUCCUGAAGGAACUGGACAAAGCAGCACAUGAGACGGACCAAGAGACUGUGGAGAACGAGGCGUUUCGGGGAGGACGCAGUCAGGCAGUGAGAGUGUCUGAUGCAAAAACGGGGGCAAUUCAGUCAACAGGCCUCCCAGGUAAUUGCCGUCCUUUGAUCCUCCAGCACCACGCAUCAAAAUCACUCCGUGUCUUCAGGCUCUUCCCCCAGUGCCCUCUACCGCGCGUCCUGUCGGCAGCACAACCCAGAAGAGUUGGUGGUACAGAGCGAGUGCUUCAAAAGCAGCAGCCAGGACCGGCUCUCUGA